AUGGCCGACCGCGGGGAGCCGCCGGGGGGCUGCGGGGCUGGGGGCACGCCGGCGGCCGUGCCGCGGCUGCCGCUGGGCACCCCGUCGGGGGGCUCGGGGGUGUCGCUGCCGCGGCUGGAGAAGCCGAUCAAGCAGGCCUUCUACAACACCGGGGCGCUGCUGUUCGCCGGGCUGUGCUGCGGCGCCGCCGUGCUGGUGUACUUCAUCCUGGAGGCCUUCCUGCGGCCGCUGCUCUGGGCCGUGCUCUGCGGCACCUUCCUGCACCCCUUCAAGAGCUCGCUGACGGCGCUGGGCCGCCGCUGGCUCGGCCGCCUGCAGCGCUCCGGCACGCCGGUGCUGCUGGCCGCCCUGCUGCUGCCCGCCUGCUUCGCCAACUACGGCGUGGAGGCGCUGGGCCAGCAGGUGCUGCGGCGCCGGCGGCUGCUGCUGCUGCUGGGCGCCGGCGGGCCGCUGCUCUACGGGCUCUACUGCCUCGGCAGCUCGCUGGGCGUGCAGCUGCUGCUGGCCCAGGCCGCCCGCCUCAUCUGCCAGGGGCUGGACUAUUUCAGCAGCCAGUGGAUAUGGACCUUGGUGCUUGGUUACUUGUUGAUGGUUUCAUUCAAGUGGAAUAUAAGCACCGAGCGCUACUUAAAAGCAGUCUCCGUUCCUGUCUGGAUCAUGCUGCUCUUUCACCUAGCUUCUGUGGCAGGUUGCUGGAGAAUUCCUGUGUUCCUGGUUAUAGUUGUUCUGAUGACUAUAGGCAUGUUGCAUGAACAGCAGAAUGGAAAGGAGUCUUCUGGGGCAGAGCUUCCUGGUCAGAUGAUUUCCAUUGCUGCUUCAACAAUUGCCAUGGCAAUUUCAAUGACAGAAGAUGAGUCCAGUAAUGAACGUUCCUCACAACCCUCAGGUGUGACAGAAGGUGAUCAGCCUCCACAAGCGUCUUCAUCUUUCUCCUCUUCAUCCUCUUCUGGGAGCAGACAAAGACCUGAGAUUGGAUCUUUUCUUAAAAAGAAGAAAACCAGUGAUGUUUACUUCGUUACGCUUGUGUGGGCCAUUGUUGUUGUCCAGAUCUGGCUAAAUUUCUGGAUUGUGCAGCUAUUGCCAGUGCCUUUUGCAGUUUGGGCACUGAAAAAAAUCGUGGUUCAUUUUGGAGUUUUGAACUUCAUGGCAAACCAUUGCAAAAGUUGGUGGCAACUUGUUGAAAACUUUGUGAAGGAACGUCAGGAAGCUCUUGCUCCACGACCCAUCAGAGGGCUUGGAAGGGUCAUGCUGAAGCUUGACAGUAAGCUGUGGCACUGGCUUAAUAAGAAGAUGAUCGUGUGGUUGGAGAAAAUGCUAGAUAAAAUAAUCAGCAUUUUCAUAAUAUUUUUGCUAGUAAUAGGAACCCUUCUGCUAGCCCUGCUUCUUACUGCAAAGGUACAUCAAGAGAGCGUUCACAUGAUUCAAGUCACAAGCAGCUUGAUCAAUGAGACAGUAGCCAGUCACCCAGAAUGGGCAAACUGGCUCCCCGAAGCCCAGGUUAUUCAGAAGGCGCUCAACUCAGCAGCUAAUAAUGUGUAUCAGUAUGGCCGAGAGUGGAUUACACAUAAGCUCCAUAAGAUUUUAGGAGAAAAAGUGAACAACACCGCUGUGAUUGAAAAGCAAGUGCUAGAGCUCUGGGACAGGCUUUAUCACUCUUGGUUUGUGAAGAAUGUAACACAUUCUGGAAGACACAAAGGACACAAAUGGCACAUAAACCGUCAGAACAGCUGGCUUGGUGAUAUUCUGGACUGGCAAGAUGUUGCUUCGUUUGUUCAUGAUAACAUUGAAACAUUUCUUUCGAUCCUGGAGUCUCUAUGGAUAGUGAUGAGUCGCAAUGUGAGCCUCUUGUUUACUACUGUUACAACAUUAGUGACAAUCCUUUUCCACAGUGGGACAGCUCUUCUCAAUUUUGUGCUUUCAGUGGUGAUUUUCUUGACCACACUGUUCUACCUAUUAAGUUCCAGUGAUGAAUACUACAAGCCAGUGAAGUGGGUGAUAAGCCUGACACCUCUGUCUCAGCCAGGUGCCUCCUCAAAUAUAGUUGGCCAAUCUGUGGAGGAAGCAAUAAGAGGUGUAUUUGAUGCUUCCCUCAAAAUGGCUGGGUUCUAUGGACUCUACACAUGGCUGACUCACACUAUAUUUGGGAUUAAUAUAGUCUUCAUACCAUCUGCAUUAGCAGCAAUCCUUGGAGCAGUUCCAUUUCUGGGGACAUACUGGGCAGCAAUCCCUGCAGUCCUAGACUUGUGGCUUGUGCAAGGACAGGGAUGCAAAGCCAUUUUGCUCUUGGUUUUUCACCUGUUGCCAACCUAUUUUGUAGAUACAGCAAUAUAUUCGGAUAUAUCAGGAGGUGGUCACCCUUACCUGACAGGUCUUGCAGUAGCUGGUGGAGCAUAUUACCUGGGACUAGAAGGAGCCAUCAUAGGACCAAUUCUACUUUGUAUACUUGUGGUUGCCUCCAACAUAUACAGUGCCAUGUUAGUUAGUCCAACGAAUUCAGUGCCCACUCCAUCACAAGCAGUGUGUCCAUUACAGAUUUACCGGUCACCUAGAGAGAGUCCUGAGGAGACAAAAAUGGCUGCCGAAUGAUGACGUUGCUGUGCUGCACCUAUUCGACACGAGAGAAUCAUUCUCUUCUGUCUUGAGUUCACAACAGCCAUGGCCUUCUGUCCCUUUCCAGCUGAACCUAGGGAUAGCUCACGGGGAAGCAUAGUUUGGGCGUUAGGAGAAACCACUUCCCAAAUUACUGCUGGCCUUACAUUAUUGUGCACUUUGCUUCUUCGAGAGAGGAAAGAAGUCUACUUCCAUGGCUUUGCAUACUAACACACAGUUCCACUGCCGCCUUUGUAGACUUUCUAUCUUCAUAAAAAGGAUGGCUAAGAGGACAGGUAUAUCCACUGGAGUUGUUAUCUGCUGAAAUAACUAACUUGGUUUUUAUUUAUUGGGUUAUUUGCGUUACUAAAUUGUAGUAGAUUUACAGAAAGCUAAUUCCAAAAUAUUUAUUUUCCGUUCAUCUGGUGGCAACAGAGAUGUAAACCACUGAUUGUUGAAUGAAGAUUGAAUACUGUUUGUUUGCUGCUCCUCAAAGUAUUUCUUUAAAGGCUUUAAUCAUCACCAAUAACUCAUAAGUACACUUAAAUCUUUUCCUCUUAUAAGCACUGAAAUUUAUUGUUGUUGGAGACAGGUAUUUCUAAUAUCUUCCUGAAAUUAGUAGACAUACAGAUUGUAAAAUGUGGGUUUUCCUCAUACUGAAAUAGGAGGACUUGUUUAAAUAGUUUAAAUCUGAUAGUAUUUUGCUGUCUGUUCACCAUCCCAGUGGAGUCAUCUUGUCAACUAAAUUUAAUCAAAGGCCGUAAAUGUUUUCAAUCAGAGGUAACGUACAAUUGUCAUGUCUCCUUCCAAUAAUAGGAAGAGCUUGAAUGGGGAUUGUCGUAUGUUGUUUUUCAAAUGCUGUGACUGAGUGCCAUUUACUUCUCAAACAAAUACAAGUUUAUUUCUAAAGAGGAAGGGAAAAGAAUACAGGCUUUGGUUUGUUUA